AGGGGAAGUUGAGGCCAGCCAAACCUAAAAAGGUUGCCCUCAGUGAUGUUGAAGAAUUAACUCCGUCAUCUCCUCCUAUAAUUGACUUAGAUGAGGAGUUGAGCCCAACCCCAUUAACCCUUCCCUCCACAUUGCCAUAUGCAGAGUGUAAGAAUCUGUUACAUGACAUGAAACACACAGAAGGGAAGGGGUGGCAGUUGCCACAGCCAAUAGACUGAAAGGGUGGCAGAUUCCCAGGGCCUGCCAUAACAAAAAUCAAUGCUAUGAAACCUGGGGAUCCAUGCCCUUACAUACCAGUCACUUUAUAUUGGCAGGGACACAACUCAUUCCAAGGUACAGCUCAGCCAGACCAACAAAAUGCAGUUGCAAUGACUGAAGGGUUGGGAGGCAAAGUUGCUGUUGCUGUACCUGUUGGAAUGCAGUUAUGUAAAAGUAUUAUUUUUGAAGCACAAAUCUUUAUUUUCUUAGUACCAGAUAAUAUUGUGGGAAUGGGUAUUUUUAAGGUACAAUAUUUGGUUAAACGGUUGGGAACAUUUAUUGUUGGAGUCAAGAGUUUCACUAUAAAUGCUGUAAUGCCCAUUGUGUAUGACAACAUUGAAUGGACUCCAAUUCACAUAUCACCUCCACCAAACCAAGUGAACCUGAAACAAUGCCAUCUUCCAGGUGGUCAAAAGGAGAUAACAAUGGCAACUGAGAUGAUGGUGGAGGUGAGAGUUUUCAGAAUGGUAGUCAGUCUAUUCAGUGCCCCAAUGUGGCCAGUAAAAGAGACAGAUAGCUCUUGGCUUUUAACCAUUGAUUACAGAGAAGUGGAUAAAGUAGAGUCUCCUUUGGCUGUAUCAGUGAAAGAAAUGGUAACAGCCGUGGAACAAGUGACUGAUGCAUUUACCAGUUUGGUUACAAAUCAAGGAUUGGCUCAAAGUAUGCCUUUCAUGACCAUUAUAUGGACUGGUCCAAUCAAAGUUAUUCCACAACUGGUUUUGGACUGUACACAGCACAUCACUGGACUGUUUUGUUACUGGAUACGUUAUGUGCUACUGACUGUUUGUUCAGUUUACUUUGUUACAAGGAAAAAGACUGUUUUUCAGUUGAGGGAAAAGGACACAAGUGCCCUGCAAACUGCUAUGGAAGAAAAACAAUUCCUUGUACUGUACACUGCCCUGCAACCUGAUGAAGGAACUAUUAUGGAUGUACCUGUCACAGCCGGGACUGAUUUAGCAAUAUCUGGAUGGGUAAAUGGUAACGAAAUGAACUUGUGUGCAGCUUUUUCACAGAAACUCACUUUCCUGAAGUGGAAAUUGUAUGUACAAGUAAGGGGGGGAGUGUCAAGUAAAUCUUCAUCUCAAGUGUCACAGCAGAUAUCUGGAUUAGUUGGAUGUGAUAACUUUGAGCAACCCGUACUGACACUUUCUCCAUCUACCAUAAAAGAAGCAGUGACAUCGGAGGACUUCAUUUUAUUGUUUACAGAAUGAUCUGCCAUUAUUAUUGCUGCCAGACAAGGACACGUCUGGACAACAGCUGCUUUCCAACCUACAGCCCAUCCAACUGGAGUGGGUGGAUCUAGCCAAUAUGCUGAAUUAAUGGCAGUAGUUUCUGUACUGGAGGAAACACAAGGCUUGUUGAAUAUAUAUACAGAUGAAUGGACAGUGUUCAGAGCUUUGACUGUGAUACAUAUUUUAGGCCAAUGGCGAAUGAGCACUCAGGACAUCGAGUGGUUCAAGGCCCUAUGGACUAUGCAAAGCAUAAAGGAAUACCUUUAAUCACUGUACUUGCUAAAGACAUUGUGCAACAAUGCCCUGUAUGUCAGAAAGUGAAGAAAAGAUAUUCAUUACAUAAACUUUCUAGAGUAUAUGGAACACUACUGACAAUGGGACUAAUUUUACUGGAGUAUAUUGGGUGUUUCUUAUUUCAUAUUAUCCGCAAGCCACAGGAUUAACUGAAUACAUUAAUGGUUUGUUAAAACAGCAGCCUACUAUGAAUAGAGAGGUCAAUAUCCUAAAAACAUGGCUGGCGAAAUGGUUAUACCUUUUCUGAUGAUUUGUGUGCUCUGAUGUGAUAUAACGUUUGGUUUAUGGCAAGAGAACUUGAUUCUACAAAUGCUUAUACAGACUGCAAAGCAGGAAAAUGAAUCUAAUUAUUGGGGGACUAACAUGGACUGAACUAAAGGACUGUUCUUAAUUUCUCUUCAGUGGUUAAUGCUUCAUGGAUGGAUUAUUGGAAGUAAAAUCAUAUGAAAACACUUGCUUAUUGGACUAUGAAAGAAACAAAUUUGGUGGAUAAACAAAGUUUUCCAUAGAAUAAGACACAAAUUAUUUACUACUGAUGAUAUGGACUUGGUUUGCAUCUUGGACAGGGUGGGGCAUGAAAUUCUGAACAAGUGGGUGCAUGUCCCUUCAUCCCUGAUAAUGCGGAUGUCAUUCUAAGCCACAUGGAGUAGGUUAAACUGUUGUAGGAAAAAUCUAGAGCUAUUGCUAAGGAUGGUCAAUUAUUUAUUUUAUGCUUAUGUUUAGCUUUUUCUAUUAUUUUGAAACUGAUUUAAUGUAUCAAGGCUAGUACCAUAUCUGACAAGCGUCAGCUAUUGCCCAUAUGUGCCAAUGCUUUUGAAUUGAUUUCCUAUCAUACUUCUCUAUGAAUCAAGGGGUGGAAUGUAAGGAAAAUGAGUGAUUCACAGAGCAGAAGAUAGAGAGAAUAGAACAACACCUUAAAGAUGGCUUUUGGCAA